UCGAUGCCGUAAACACAGGGCUGGGCGCGUGGACAGGAGGCUAAACACACAGAGAGGCUGGGCGCGUGGACAGGAGGCUAAAAACACAGAGACUGGGCGCGUGGACAGGAGGCUAACACAGAAACAGAGGCUGGGCGCGUGGACAGGAGGCUAAAAACACAGAGGCUGGGCGCGUGGACAGGAGGCUAACACAGAAACAGAGGCUGGGCGCGUGGACAGGAGGCUAAAAACACAGAGGCUGGGCGCGUGGACAGGAGGCUAACACAGAAACAGAGGCUGGGCGCGUGGACAGGAGGCUAAAAACACAGAGGCUGGGCGCGUGGACAGGAGGCUAACACAGAAACAGAGGCUGGGCGCGUGGACAGGUCAGGAGGAGCAGGUCAUGGUUUGGGAUCAGCUGUCGCUUCCCCCGAGGAUCAGCUCUGCGCUCCAGAGAAGUGAGUGUUGUUGUUUUUCACGCGAACACUCCAGUUCUGUUAGAGAGAAUCCUCGCUGCGUGGGACUUCUAGUACCCAAAGCUACUACAGCUAAUCUGAAGUCGGUCCGGGAAGUCCUGUCCUUGCCUGCUGUGGAUGUCCAGAGACUCACUGGGCUGGCCCAUCCUGAGGUGCAUCAGCUGCUCACAGCGGCUGCACACGCCUGCAGAAGACACGCCCCUCUCUCAGUCCUGCAGCUGCAGCGCGGUGAGUGUUGCAGGUGUGAGUCUGGACUCAGACUCGGUGUAAGCUGUCCAGUUCUUGAUGGGCUGUUGAGGGGGGGUCUGCCUGUCGGGGGCAUCACUGAGCUGUCAGGACAGAGUGGAGCUGGAAAGACCCAGCUGGCCCUGCAAAUCUCCCUGUCUGUGCAGUACCCUGUUGAGCAUGGAGGCCUAGGAGGAGGAGCGCUCUACAUUUGCACCGAGGACUCCUUCCCCAUUCGGCGCCUGCAGCAGAUGAUCUCAGAGCAGGCCAACCUGCGUUCGGAGGUUCCUUCCUCUCUGAUCAGGGGUUUGCGCUUCAGUGACCAUGUUUACAUCGAACACGCAGCUGAUCUGGUGAGUUUGACCUCUCUCAGCUUCUGGGAUCACAGCUGCAGCCUGACGGGUCCUCCUGGCCUGCAGGACUCCCUGCAGGUGUGUCUGUCUCGCCGCGCCCCCGUCCUGCUGGCUGCAGGUCUCGUGCGGCUCAUUGUGGUGGACUCGGUGGCAGCUUUGUUCAGGAGUGAGUUUCAGGCAGAAGACUGGAUGGAGAGGAACAAACAGCUGCUCACCUUCUCCUCCAUGCUGCACCAGUUGAGUCAAGAAUUCACAACUCCUGUCCUCUGCAUCAAUCAGGUCACGGAUGUUCUAAAGGAUCAUGACAGUCUGGGACCUCUGUCCUCCUCCGUCACUCCCGCUCUUGGCCUGGCCUGGGCCAAUCAGGUUCUGGUGCGGCUGAUGAUACGGCGACUUCAGAAGACAGUUUCCCGUGGCGACCAAAGUAGCGCCCUCCGCCAGCUGGAGGUGGUGUUUGCGCCGCACCUGGCCCGCAGCAAAUGUGAAGUUGCUGUUUGGAGGGAGGGGGUCCGUGGAGUCGCGGCUUUUGAGUAACUUGAGACCUGGACAGACCUGGACAUGUCAGACUGUCUCUGUGUGCACAGGUCUGUCAGCACUUCCUCAAGGACUGAUCCAAGAACAAUGACUGACUGCCGCUCACUCUAUUCAGUGCACUUGUACUAUAGCUAUGCUACUGCUGGACUACAAUGAUAUCACUCUGGAACUACACCUGUACUGCUGUGGUGGUUUUAGAUCAGUACAACAGUACAAUACAAUUAGACCUGUUAUACAGUUUUACAAAAUAAACCAUCAUUACCCUGCAAACGUAUGCUAGAGUUCUGAGGACCAGUCAAACUUCUAAAUGAAGCUCAUCAUUGGAUUUUGAUGAAAAUAAGAAAUGUUUGUCUGUCAUUCAACAAUUCUAACAGCUUCUGAAUUUGUGUUCCUAGUAAACAAUUACCACAUUUUGCAGCCCAACAAAAA